CAAUCUUAUCCAAGAAUGGCCUCCUGGUAAACCGAGUAUGGUGAAGAGAUGACUUACUCACUCAUUGCAGCCUUGUUUGAUUAUUGCUAGAUGCUGGACUUUAAAUCACCAUGCCUAAAAGAAAGCAAUUACGCGUUGCUGCAGAUUCAUCAGAUGACUCUGAUAUUGAGGUGGAUGUAGUGGAGAUUUCUGACAGUAGCAGCAAUCCUGCCAGGAGUCCUUUCCCCAGUAAAGGACCAUCAUCAUUUCCUCAGAAAAAUCAGACAGCAUCAAAAGGAAAACGAAGAUCUACAAGGCUCAGUGCAGGAACUGUUUCUGAAGAUAACAAACAAGGCUGCAUUGUGUGUAAUAGCCUCCACGAUGAAGAAAAUAUUCUGCAAUGUUCAAAUUGCUGCACUCUGGGGCACAGGUCUUGUUUGUCUCUUUCUAAUGAAGACUGUCCAAGAUUAGACAGUUCCUUGUGGCAAUGCAGAGCUUGCAAAACCUGUUAUGUGUGCAAGUCAGCUGAAAGUGAGCUUGAGACCUGUGAAACCUGUGAUAGAGCAUUCCACUUGCUAUGCAUUCCUUACUCACAAUCUGUACUCAAGCAGUCCAUCCCAACAAUUUGUCCUGAGUGUGCAUCAAUGAACAAUUUAGAUGAUCACGCUCUUCUGCUACCAGACACACAGACCCCAGUUGUUAAAAAAAAGCGAGGGAGACCAAGAAAGAUUCAUGUGUUGGAAAAACCACCAGUUGAAAACAAAGCGGAAAGCUUCCCCUUGGCAUCUUUUACAGAAAUAGGAGAUGAGACUAAGGAAAGAAAGUCAAUGAAGAGAGUGAAGAGGUGUCCAACGUCUGGUUGUAACGGGCUUGGUCACAUGACAGGAAAAUUUGAAAUGCAUCACACUUUAUCUGGUUGUCCAAAAUAUCAUAACAUGACACCACAAGAAUGCAAGGAGAGGGCAGAAGAAAAGAAAAAGGAACUUGCAGUUUAUCCAGACUCUAAAAAAGGGAAAUCCAGUGCUUCACCUGAAGAGAAUCUGCCACCAAAAAAGACAUUAAGAAACAAAGUGCAGCUUUCCUUUAUGCCAGAAAAGAUCCGUGUGGCUGUGACAAGCAAAGAAAUUACACCAGAAGAGCUAGGUUUACAAAAAAGUAGUGAGAGAAAAAUAAAUACAUUGUCCAAUGAAAGCCAUCUUGACACUUCAAGAUAUUCUUGUGAAAAAGAAACAAAUGGUAAAGCAUUAAUUGAUCAGUUAGACCAGGAGACUCUGAAAGAAAUAGCAUCAGAGGGUGAUUUCAAGUUGUUCAAAGAAGCUUGGACAAAGGCAUUAGAGGCCAAUGAAGAGGAAAUUCUGCCUUUGAAUGGCAGAUCUGGAAGCCGCUGUAUUGAGUUUGGCUUGUAUGAAGUUGAUACGUGGUACUCAUCACCUUUUCCUGAGGAAUUCCAGAGAUUACGUAAAAUAUACAUCUGUGAAUUCUGUCUGAAAUAUAUGAGGAGCAAAACUGUUUUAAGACGACAUGUGGCUAAAUGCAAUGUCAGGCAUCCACCUGGAAUUGAAAUAUAUCGGAAGAAUGACCUCUCAAUAUUUGAAGUUGAUGGAAAAAAUCACAAGGUGUAUUGUCAAAACUUAUGUUUGUUGGCCAAGUUAUUUCUUAAUCACAAGACCCUUUACUAUGAUGUGGAACCUUUUCUGUUUUAUGUGAUGACAGCUGUAGACUCUAUUGGUUGUCAUAUGAUUGGUUACUUUUCAAAGGAGAAGAAGUCCUUUCUGAGUUACAACGUUUCAUGCAUACUUACUUUACCAAUGUACAUGAAACAAGGCUAUGGAAAAAUGCUCAUCGACUUCAGUUAUCUUCUAUCGAAAGUGGAAGGGAAGGUUGGAUCUCCAGAAAAGCCCUUAUCAGAUCUUGGACUUAUUAGUUACCGCAGUUACUGGAAAAGCAUUUUGCUAAAAUACUUGAAGAAUUUUGGAUUUGACAGGAUAUCUAUUAAAGAUAUAAGCCAGGAAACAGCAUUGCAUCCAAGUGACAUUAUCAGCACCUUGCAGUAUAUGGGUAUUCUGAAGUACUGGAAAGGAAAGCAUGUCAUCCUCCGUGCUACGGAUCUGUUUGAUGAUUACGAGAGGAAGGCUUUAUCCCGGCCUGCCAGCUACCAGGAAAUCGAUCCUGCGUGCCUGUCAUGGGUACCAAAAGCCUCAGAAGAUACAAAAAUGUAAUAUUUUAGUUUGUUUGUUUGUUUUUCCAAUGUAUUUAUCAUGACUAGAUUCAAACAUAGUCUUAUCUGUGAAGUGAGCCGAUAAUUUUUACAUUUCUCAAAGUACAUUGCUAUCCUGUUCACAAUCGUCUUCAUCGGCCAUAUUUUUUUAAAUAUUAGAACUAUUGAUACAUCAAUUAAUCUUUGUUCCCUAGCUGUUCGGCGCGCAAUAUUUAACGAAAGACUUAAUAGAGAAAAGAAAAACGUUGAUCUUACUAAAUACUGGGUCUUUCUGUUAUAUCAUAGGUGAUAUGUGCUAAUUCCCUUUUCACAUUUCAUUCAAAGUUUAUACCCUUUUUUGUACUAUGCUUUAGUGUUAUAUAUUUUAGUUCCAGUUGAAAUUAUCGCUGCUCAGGGCUGGUUUACUCAUAUUGUCAUUGCUCUAAAAUACACUAUGUUCAGAAUUUUGUUAGAUUAUCCUUUAUGUUAUCUAUGUUGUAGGAACUUAGGGUUUUCAUUUCAUUUUAGCAUGUUAGCAUUAAGGUGUGCAACUGAGUAAAGUGAAUGAGAAAAAAGUCCUGAGCAACGGACAGUUGGGUUGUCUCAACUCAAUCCUGAGUUCUCGCAUGUGCUCUUUUGUUGUGUAGUAUAGUAUAUAACAUUUUAAGAACUUUGUUAUUUUGAUCUCCAACGAAAAUCGAGAUUUACAGAGAAAACAGUGUAUGAAGAUUGUUGCUCAACGCAAAGAUGUACAGAAAAGUCGGAGAAGAUGGGGCAUACUCAAGUGACCAGCCCUUUCCAUGAAUCAACGAGCAACGUGCUCUUUGAGCAAAUUUUGUUAUUACAAAUGCAGUGCGUUAGCUAAGGGUUUGUUGUUGUUGCUGUUGUUGUUUUUAACACGCUCAGCCACCUCCAAAUAAAGUGUUGACUGCACUGAAA